AUGCAACAAGAUGAGGAAAAUGUUUUUAAAAUGAUGAUCGGUGUAAUGAUUCAAAGUGAUUUAUCAACAGAAUUAUUUCACUAUAUAAUCUCCUUUCUCGAUACAAAUUCAAUGUUUUCAUUAAUGCUUUCAAAUUCAUUUAAUUAUUUUAAUAUGAAUGAGAAUGAAUACUUUAAAACACUCCGAUUUAUUAAAUUCAUGAUUGAACCUGAAUUAGCCUUUCCAUUGACAAGUGGUAAGAUUUUACAAAUUCACGAUUUACCAUCAAGUGGAAAUGAACAAAUAUUAAAUCAAUGUAUUAAUUAUUAUAUGAAAAGAGUUAAAUAUUUGGGAGGGAGAGAAGUUUCGUUUAGAAAAUGUAAAGAAUUAAUUCAAUUUAAAGGAACAAUGAUGACACACAAAGAACAACAUGAUGAUAGUUGUGAUGAUAAUAGAUUAAAUGGAUUUCAUAGAAUUUUAUCUAAUUUAAUGUCAAGAUUUAAAUGGUUUAGUGAUAUUGAAAGAAGGGAUUUAAAUAGUGCUUGGUAUGAAUUUUGUAAAUUGGAAUAUUUGAAUUGGGUUGAAAUUUCAAAAGAAUUGCAAAGUGCUGCUUCAAACCCAAAACUAAUUUUACAAAACUUAAAUGUUGAGAAAAUAUCAAAUUUAAUGUUAAAAUCUGCAACUUAUCCUCAUGGAAUUAAAGAGUUGGAUAUGUUGAAAGAGAGAUUAACAAAUCUAAAACAGUUUUUCAGUAGCACCAUUAACAAUAAUGAACUAGCUCAAUUUAUGGAAAUGUACAAUAAUAGGAGGGACUUAUUUUAUUUAUUGAUACGACUUGGUUUAAUACCAUUUGAUUGUUUGCCAAAUUAUUUGAAAGAUGAUUCAGAAUUUGUUAGUUAUUGCAUUAGACAUUAUGAUAAUACUAAUAUUAGAAAAAAAUAUGGUAAACCGAGAAUACCUAAUUGGAAAAUGUAUUAUGAGCAUGAUUUCGUUUCAACAGUUACACUAUCUGAUAAGUUGGAAAGUGAUAAAUCACUUAUUAGACAAGCUUUUUCAACUGGUUAUUUCGAACUUUAUUCAUCCAUCUAUCUUUCUUCCUAUUUGGGGAAAAAUAGAAUCAAUCCAUUCACAAAGGAUGAAAUUGAGUUCAUAACUAGUAUUGUAUCAAUAGUACCUGAAGGCAUUUCACUCAUUUUGCAUCACAAUGAACAUUAUCUUGGAUAUAAUGAGCUCAUUGAAAUUAUUAGAAAGCAUCCACAUGUAUUUGAGAAGUUAGAUUCCAAAUAUUAUCAUUACGAUCAAUAUACUGAACUUUGUCAAUUAGCUGUGAAAUCAAGGGGAGAAAACAUAAUUGGGAUUGAUAUAAGAGUUGAAGGGAUAUUAGAGGAGAAACUGAUGGCAUCCCCAGAGUGGAUUACAAAAGUAUUAGAAAAUGGAACUGAUAUAUUUUUAUUUGAUGAAACAAUUUAUAAGAAUCCUGAUUAUUUCAAAGUGGCAAUGAAAUUAAAUCCAGGAAUUAUAACAUUGGAUGAAUCAUAUUCAAAUAAUAAGGAAAUGGCAAUGCAUUUGAUUGAUUGUUGUAAAAAUAUAAGAAAUUAUUACGAAAGUGCUGAUUUGAGCAGUAUUACAUUUUCAUAUUUCAGUAAUGAAUUAUUGAAUGAUUCAGAAUUUGUUGAAAAGGCAAUAUUUGAAACUAGUGCAUUUACAGAUAUUCAAAAUUUACCUAUCCAAUUUCAAACUAAUUUGAAAAUUGUGAAAUCAACACUUUGUAAACAACCUAAUAUGUAUAUUCAUCUUAGAGAUGAAAUUAAAUCAAUGAAGGAAAUUGGGGAAUUUGCAAUUCGUUGUAAUCCUCAAAAUUACAAUCAUCUCCCUCAACAUUUAAAAGAUUGUAGACAAAUAUUUCUAUUUGCAUUAUCGAGAGGAUUGAAACAAGUGAGAGGAAAAUUAAAUCAUCAACCCAAUGAAAUAACAGAUCCCUUUGAAUGGAAAGUAAUUUCAACUCAACAAGGUAGAAAUGAUAUGAUGAUUCAUACUAUUAAAAUUGAGCAUUAA